AUGGCCGUUUCCUGCAUGAGCCUGGGAGGUGCAUGGAUUGAGAUCUAUGCAGAUGCCUGUGAGGCUCUGGCUGCAUCAGACUGUGCUUUUGCUGACCACUGGGGGGUGCGUUUUCACCGUGAUCAAGGAGUCACUACACCUGGAAGUAAACGCAAGCAAGGCCCUCCCCCUCCUGAAAGCAGUGAUGAGGCCAACCUUGCCACUCCCAUGCCUGCUCUUCAUGCCAGCAAGCGCCGCCGUUCCGCACAUAUUGUCCGUCGUUCGACCCGUUUGAUGCAGGCUGGUGGACAGGAAGAUGAUGAGCAGGGUGAGCCAAGCAUCAGACAGAAUGGUACUGUGGAGAAUGUCAUGGGCUCAGAAUAA